GCGGCAUCAUGUGAGCGGGGCCGGGCCGGGCCGGGCCGAGCUGUUCCGUGUCCCGGCGGCGGCGGUGGGGACCAUGGGGGCGGCGGUGCUGAGCGGGUUGGUCCUGGCCUUGACCCUGGCGCUGCCCGCCUUGGCCCUGGACAACGGGCUGGCGCUCACCCCCCCCAUGGGCUGGCUGGCGUGGGAGAGGUUCCGCUGCAACGUGGACUGCCAGGCGGACCCCCGCAACUGCAUCAGUGAGACACUCUUCUUCGAGAUGGCAGACCGCCUGGCAGAGGAUGGCUGGAGGGAGCUGGGCUACAAGUACAUCAACAUUGACGACUGCUGGGCAGCCAAGCAGCGGGACGCGGUGGGACGGCUGGUUCCCGACCCUCAGAGGUUUCCCAGGGGGAUUAAGGCUCUGGCUGACUAUGUCCACGCCCGGGGCCUGAAGCUGGGCAUUUAUGGAGAUCUCGGCACCUUCACCUGUGGGGGCUACCCUGGGACCACACUGGACCUUGUGGAGCAGGACGCUCAAACCUUUGCAGAGUGGGGUGUGGACAUGCUGAAGCUGGAUGGGUGCUACUCUUCAGGAGAGGAGCAGGCAGAGGGCUACCCAGAAAUGGCGAGGGCCUUGAAUGCCACAGGCCGCCCCAUCAUGUACUCCUGCAGUUGGCCAGCAUAUCAGGGGGGGCUCCCACCCAAGGUGAACUACACCGUCCUGGCAGAGGUCUGCAACCUGUGGCGUAACUACGACGACAUCCAAGACUCCUGGGACAGUGUGCUUUCCAUCCUGGACUGGUUCUCUGAAAACCAGGACGUCCUGCAGCCAGCGGCUGGCCCUGGCCACUGGAAUGACCCAGACAUGCUCAUCAUUGGAAACUUUGGCCUUAGCUAUGAGCAGUCACGCUCCCAAAUGGCCUUGUGGACAGUGAUGGCAGCUCCGCUCCUUGUGUCCGUGGACCUCCGCACCAUCUCCCCGAGCGCCAAGGAGAUCCUGCAGAACCGCCUGAUGAUCAAGAUCAACCAGGACCCCCUGGGGAUCCAGGGGCGCAGGAUCGUCAAGGAGAAAUCCCUCAUCGAGGUGUUCCUGCGCCCGCUGUCCCAGGCCGCCAGUGCCCUUGUCUUCUUCAGCCGGAGGACAGAUAUGCCCUUCCGCUACACCACCAGCCUGGCCAAGCUCCACUUCCCCAAGGACGCCGCGUACGAGGUCCAAGAUGUGUACAGCGGGAAGAUCAUCAGUAUCUUAAAGACAGAAGACAGUUUCUCGGUCAUUAUUAACCCCUCGGGGGUGGUGAUGUGGUAUGUCUCUCCCAUGGUGCUCCCGGCGCAGCCCUGGCACGUUGUCAGACAACAAGCCCCCGGCAAGGGUUUCCACCCGGUCCUCCUGUGACAAUCUCGGCAGACGGGGGUGUGGGUCAGUGCUGGGGUGAGCUGCGAGACCCUGGGGCACGUGGCUCUUUGCUGCACAAGUGCCUUUCACUGGCGUACCCGGCAGUGCUGGGAGUGACUGUUCCCCUGGUACAGCUUGAUGAUGUCUACUCGGUCUGCGUAAAGCAGGAAUUCUUGUUACCCACUUCCUAAGGCUGUGGAGAGCGUAAUUCCUUGGUGAUUACGAAGCCCUUUGAGACCCUGUGGAAGACGCCAUACAAGCAGAGUCCAGCCACUGUUGGAAUGCAUCAUCUCUGAUGCCUGAGCACUUCACUGCUUCGAGCUGGGUACCAGUUACCGCUGCGGGGGCUCUUUGACCUAUACCUGUAGAAAGGCUUUGGAUGCUUUAGUAUCUUUUAGGAUAGUGACCCUCACCAUGUGUGAUGGCAUUAGCCUCAAGGAUCAGACCUGAUCACCUUCUUUACUUUGCUAUAAUCAGCUUGGCUUAGAAUAAGGGGCUGUCAGUAGGGCUGCACUCUUCCCAGGUAUCCUCCCCGGGACCAAGAGCUGCUGGAGGCAUGGUGGUCCUGUGGAGAGAGGCUUUGCUUGCAGGCCUGAUCCUGCUGCCAGGAUCCUGGAGGCCAGCACUACUCCAGCCUUGCACGCACACUAGCAUUGUGUCAAAGCCCCUCUGGUAUCAGUUUACAGCAAGAGCAGAGCAAAAAAAAAAACCUCCUUUGGCUAUGCACAACCGCAGCAGCCUUGCUGUGGUACGGCACCAAAAAAACUGCAGAGCUGUAGCUUGAUUUGCAUGAGUCGUGUUGGGCAGAUGCUGAUGCUCAGUUGAGGUUGUCUUUUGAGUUGAGAGAUGGUCACAGGUGCCUCCAAGCUGCAAGUUACAUCCUGUUCUUGCUCUAGCAGGAAAUUCCUGCUAUAAAGGGGCUCCGGCCCUCCUCCAGCAGGCUGAACACUCAGGGUUUCUCAGGGAAAGACUCCUCCUUCUCCCAAGGGCAGCUACAUCCACAGCUCCGUCCUGAGGAGGAGCCUGCACUAAUAAACUAGGAAGUGAGUGGCAAAACACUCACACUAAAGCCCUCAAGUGCUUCACCUCCAUGCAGCACACAUCCUAUGGAGGAGUUUUGGGUGAGACGUGGCCUACCCUGACUGCCCCAGAGAGAGGUGCAGUGUUCAUGAAGAUUGACGCUUAAGAUUGCAGCCCAGGGAGACUGACACAAGAUUAAGCCUCAGACUGCAGAAAUAUCACAUUUUAGAUUAGGCAAAAAAAAAGUUUCCCUUUUCUAUUCUGAUGCUGGAGGGUUCCUGCUCAUCUGCCCGCUCUGGUUCCUGCAGGACCAAAUGGCUGAUUCUGGCUGCUCCCAGAAACUUUCUCUGAGUGCAGCAGGAAGAUACUGAACAUGAUGCAGUGCUUGCAGUGCUAACAAGAAAGGAUGAGCGUGCUUCAUGUCUGUACAGGAGCUGGCUUUUUGUUCUUAGGGAGUGAUUGAGACAAAUUAAUUGAAAUAAAGGGGAAGCAGGUCACAGGCUCUCAGUUUCAUGUUUAUUCAGUGUUGCUAGCUAUAGCUACUUGGUUAAUGUAGGAUUACAGGGUCAUUACCUGAAAACAGAAACAACUAUGCUAAAAAAAUAAAACUGGUUUCCUGUCAGA